GGGGUUCGGCGCCAAGAGCCAGCUUGACGUUCGGGGACCAAUCUCACAACUUCCAGUCUGGCCACCACUUCAACGCAGGCCUCACCCACCCACCAACCUUCGCCCCUUCGACAUCCACCCUCCGGUCAAGCACAACCCCUCUUAACCACCGAACAUUGUACUUUGCGCGCCGAACCGCCAAUAUGUGGAUCAUCGACUGGUUUUGGGACGUCCUGGCCAGCCUGGGUCUGAUGAACAAGCAUGCGAAGCUGCUGUUCCUGGGCUUGGACAAUGCAGGCAAGACGACGCUCCUGCACAUGCUGAAGAAUGACCGGGUCGCUAUCCUUCAGCCGACUCUUCACCCUACUUCCGAGGAGCUGAGCAUCGGCUCAUGCCGCUUCACCACCUUUGACCUGGGUGGUCACGCACAGGCUCGCCGUCUCUGGAAAGACUACUUCCCCGAGGUGUCGGGUAUCGUGUUCCUGGUCGACGCCAAGGACCCCGAGCGCUUCCAGGAGUCCAAGGCCGAGCUCGACGCUCUUCUGUCGAUGGAGGAGCUAGCCAAGACGCCCUUCCUCAUCCUCGGCAACAAGAUCGACCACCCCAACGCCGUCAGCGAGGACCAGCUGAGGCAUGAGCUGGGCCUGUACCAGACGACGGGCAAGGGCAAGGUCCCUCUCGAGGGCAUCCGGCCCAUCGAGGUCUUCAUGUGUUCCGUGGUCAUGAGGCAAGGUUACGGCGAGGGUAUCCGCUGGCUCUCGCAGUACGUCUAAGCCUGGCUUGCGACAUCUGCUGCUGCUGCUUUCUCACAAGCACGCACGCACGCACGCUUUCAUUGCUGAAAACGAAGGAGAGCGUGUCGAGUGCGCAAAAAGCAGAGAGACAGAAAGAGAGAGGAGGAGGGGGUUGCUGAGAGCUAGCUAGCUGCUUUCACAUGACACAAACCACAUACACACACACGAAACGUUCGGUGCUACACGGCGCAAAGAGACAAAUGACGUUGGAAACGAGGCAAAGAU